GAGAUGUCAGUGUGGCACAUGCGCGGUGAAGCCGGGCCGGGGAGCGCCGAGGGAGGCGAGGGCGGCAGGUGUGAAGAUAUCUAACAGUGUCACACUGGAUGAUUUCAGGCGUCAUGAUGGAGACUGAAAGCCGUGGCUGUACAACAAAACAUCAGUGUGAUGGACAUCUCUUGAAGCAGAUCGCAGCUCAUUCAUUUGUGGAUACUAACAUUAUGUCAAAAAUUGAAAAACCAGGCUCAUUAAUUCAAGUUAUUGAAAAGUUGAGCAAGAUAGUGGAGAAUGGAAGAUCAAAGCAAUGUUCUCUAGCUGGUCAAAAGAGGCCUUAUUUUAGUGCCUCUGAUACAAAAAAUGCAAUCAUUGAGCAAACAGACAGCUGUGAAAGCACAGCCAAAAAACUUAUGAAUUCAAACCAGGAAAUAAAGGAAAACUUGUCAGUUAAACCGACUUAUUGUAAAACAGAAGAUCUGCCACAGAGUUGUAACGGACUAGAUCUACAGACUCUUGAUCCUGCAGAUAAUUCUAAACCUUCAAAGAGCUUCCAUUGUACCCUCUGUAACUUCGUAACUGUAGUGCCAUCUGUCUAUUACACACACAUACGUAACCAUAACGACAUUAGCAGCUACACGUGUGAUCAGUGCAACUUUGCAACUACAGUUUCUGAAGAUUUUGUGACGCACAAGUGUUCGCACAGGAAGCUCACCCGAUACCAGUGCAAUUUAUGCAAAUUCAGUUCAUUGACUUUUUCACAGUUAAAGGAGCACUUUGAACUGCAUGGAAAGUCAGGCGAGGUGCUAUUGAUGUGCUCUGAGUGUUGCUUUGUUUCCAAAAAGCAGGAGGAACUUGAAACUCAUAUGUGGAUGCACCUUGAGGAUACUCAGAUACAGAGUAAACAGUCGUUGCCACAACAAUUAAGGCCAAAUGUUUUGGAUAAUGUGGACAGUAAAAAUGCUAAAUCAAGAAGUAUUGGUUUUGAUGCUGAGCCAGGCCCGAGAAAGUGGUACACCUAUGAUCAGUAUGGCAUGUACAGGUGUUUGAUUUGCAGUUAUGCCUGUGACCGUCAGCGGAUGUUAAAAACUCAUGCAUGGAAACAUGCUGGUGAAGUUGAUUGUUCUUAUCCAAUUUUUGAGGAAUGUGAGCCAGCUCCCUCAGCAAUUCCUUCCACAUGUCUCACAGCUCAUGAGGAUGAACCAAUAAUUGUUUUCACACCAGCUGACAAAUCAGAAAGUGUGCACUGCGAUAGUUCAAAUCCAUUGCCGUUUUGCGAUGCAGCUCCAACUACUGUAACAGACUCAGACUCGUUGAACUGCAAGCCCUCGUUGCCUGACACUGCUGUUGAAAGUACUGAUCUCACCGAAUCAAAAACAACCCCGUGCACUGUAGUGGAAAUCGUUCAAGAUACACCCCUGAUGCAUGAUUGUGAAAAUGCAAGUACAAUUUCAGAUAGCCUUCUUUCCUCUGCACAGAAGAUUAUUCAUUGCAGUUCUAACAAGGCAGGGCAUGUCAAUGUUAUAGUAGAACGUGUCCCAGGAGCUGAGGAGAGUGUUCCAGAAAAGCCCUUUCUGAUGUCACCAGAUAUUGAAGUUGAAAAGAGGCUUAUCUCUGAAAAGUCUCAUAUGAUCUAUUGUGAGGAUUCUUCAGACAUGUAUCAACAAGCCACGAGACCAACUGAACUGGGAACGGCCGUCUUAAGGUGGAAUCCCGAAGAAAGUAAUGAUGCUUUAAAGUCUACGGAACCUGCAGCAGUUGAUGAAAAUGUUCCCCCAGCACGGAGAAGAACUCAUUCUGAAUCUUUGAGGCUUCAUUCAUUGGCGGCUGAAGCACUUGUUGCGAUGCCAAUGAGAGCACCGGAAUUUAUCAGAACAAAUGUCAAAAAUCCUGAGGCUGAUGCCACACAGAGAAAUCUGGACGUCAACCCGUCCAGUGUUCCUCCACUUCACAAUUAUUCUGACGAUUCUCCAAGCAAUGACUUGCAACUUGAAACUAAGUCAGGCUUCUCCGACGUGCCAAUCAGAAUGGGCAUCAGCAUGUCACUACUGACGGUGAUCGAAAAAUUGAGAGAAAGAACUGACCAAAAUGCUUCUGACGAAGAUAUCCUGAAAGAAUUGCAGGAUAAUGCACAAUGCCAACCUUCAAGCGAUCUGAGUUCACCUGGCAACCUAGUGGAAUACAUACCAAACACAGAACGCCCUUACCGCUGCCGCUUGUGCCAUUACAGCAGUGGCAACAAGGGAUACAUCAAGCAGCAUUUGAGAGUUCAUCGACAACGGCAGCCUUACCAGUGUCCAAUCUGUGACCACAUAGCAGCUGAUAGCAAUGAUCUGGAGAGUCACAUGAUAAACCAUUGCAAAACUAGGAUGUAUCAUUGCAAAAGAUGCAAUGCAGCAUUUUACUAUAAGAGUCAACUGCGGAACCAUGAACGUGAACAACAUAGUCUUUCUGACAUUUCCUCAAGUGUGGAAUCAAAUGAUGAGAAUACGGAAUAUAGUGGUGAACGGAAAACGGGAACCAUGCAAGAAGAUAUGCUUUCACCUCAAAAACUGUACAAGUGCGAUGUGUGUGACUACACAAGUUCGACCUAUGUUGGUGUACGGAACCACAGAAGAAUCCACAAUACUGAUAAGCCCUACAGGUGCAGUAGUUGUGAGUUUGCAACAACAAAUAUCAACAGUUUAAAGUGUCACAUGAAACGCCAUCCACAGGAACAACAGACUGUUCAGUUGCUGGAGCAGUACAAGUGUUCUUUAUGUGGUUAUGAGUGUAGCCAUCCACCCUCGUUGAAGUCACAUAUGUGGAAACAUGCAAGUGACCAGAAUUAUAACUAUGAGCAGGUGAAUAAGGCCAUUAAUGAAGCUAUUUCACAAAGCAGCAGGUCUCAGGAGCCCCAAAGAAAACUUUCAGUUGAGGAAGUUGAGGAAAUAUCCUCGCCAACAGAUCAUCUUCCUCUUGUACAUUCUGAUAAACCUUUGGCGACUCCAGAAACAAUAAGCCACGUUACUGGUGAAACCGGAAGUUCUGAAAAACACCAGAGGCUGAAUUCAGAUGUAAAUGUGAACAAUUCACCUGGAAAAAGUGAAUGUCCGUCUCGUUCUGGCACUGAGUACUGUGUCUUACUGUUCUGCUGCUGCAUCUGUGGGUUUGAGUCCACCAGCAAAGAGCUGUUGAUGGAUCAUAUGAAGGAGCACGAGGGCGAGAUCAUCAACAUCAUCCUUAACAAGGACCACUGUUCCCAAACGCAGUAGCGCAGAUCGAACUGAAAAAGCCUAGAAAAUCUAUAUUUUAUUCUCUGUGGAUGAAGGCAUGAAAUAAGCUUGUUUUAGUGUGAACACAAAAUGAAUGUUAAUAUUUCAAAAAUGGAUUUGUCUUUUAAAAGUUGUCUGCAUUGCAGUUUUCACACACAAUAAUUAGUGCUAGUAAUAACAGCAAUGUAAAUAACCUGGAAGCAAGCAAGAUGCUGAAGGAUUAUUUUAAUGUUUCUGUUUCUCUACACUUGCCCACCUCGUGUUCUUAAUACUGACAUUUUUGAUACAGAUUGUAUUUCUGUAUUUAUUUAACUUUUUUAUAUUUAUGCAUGUAGUGUUCAGCUGUUACAAAGAGUGAGCUGUUAUGAGGCAGUCCAGUUGUAUUCACAAUGCACUUUGGUCACGGUGCUAUUUUAUAUUUGUAUCACUGAACAAAUCUAUUGAGGACAACAGUAGGGGUUGGAGAGGGUGAUAAAAACAUUGUCCUUGAUGGCAGCAAUAUAAAUAUAGAUGGAAUAAAGGUUUUAUUUAAAGUUUUCCUUAUUCACGUCUAUCCAGGGAAUCUUAUCUAAGUCUGUGCAGGUUUUACUCUGAAUCACAGCAGACCCACUUCAAGUUCACAUUGACUUUACAGCUCCACUGUGGAUGGGAAGAUGAGAAUGGAGGGAUUAAAAUCUUAUCUGGGUAAUUUGUCUCUUCAUAACAUAGGGUUUGUACAUCUUUAAAAAGGCUGUCAUACUUUUAUCUGCUGAUUAUCUUUUUAUUGGUCAUGCAUAUAAUGUUUAACUACAAAUUAUUUUUGUAAUUCCACACUGCUGCGGAUUUAUUUCAGAGGGGUUGGAAGAUCUCCUUUGUUUCAGCCAUAACGUACACUUGACAUUGUAAGACUGCCUUGUUACGAAUGCGUAAUUGCUAACUUCUUGCAUUGUUUAGUUCAGAUCAAUAUUUAAGGUUUAGGAACAUUCAUGAGGCUUAUGCUUCAGACUAAAAAUAUUGAAAUCUAUAUUUAUGUUCAAGGUAUACGGUUUGCUAUGUUUUCAUCAUGAAUGAAAUUUAUUCAAAAGCAUCUUUAAAGGAUUAAUAUUUAUAAAACCGCUAAUUCCUCAGUCGUUUAUCCAGGGCAUUAUUGUCGGAACAUAACCUCCAACAAUAAAAUUGUGGUUAAUAUUUGUUCUGAGACAUUAAAAAGUUGUAAGAUUUGAUUUUGUUGUUUAAAGUCGUGAUAUCCCGCAUUUGGUAUGCUGAGCAAGCACAUUAUGAUACCCUGCUUAAAGGAUAUUCAACUUGGAACUAAUGAAAACGCCCAUGCAAGCAGGAAUCCAUCCAUCAUUCUGAUUACACGUCUAAUUUGGGCUGGACAUAUUUAACCGGUAAAGGAGAAAUUCUAUAUUAAUUUAUCAAUAAUUUUACAUUGCAUAAGUAAAACAUUAAACUCAUUUAUUGUGAGUAAAUGAUCGUUAAGCAAUUUUCUUUUUUUUUCUUUUGAAUUGUUCAAUUUUUAAAUAUGUUCAAUUUAGUUAAAACUAAAAUUUUAACAAUUUAGUUGAACAAGUGAAGUGACCUUUAUAAACAGAUAUUAAAAGUCUCAAAUCUAUAUAAAUUUCAAAUAUUUAUGAGGAAUAGCCCCAAUGACGUCUAAAGUACAGAGAGGUUGACAAAUAUAAAGGCAGCUCUGCUUUCAUCAAGUAUGUGGCAAAAUUGGUAUUAGUAAUUUUAUUUUAAAGCCCUAACAGGGAAUGAAUGAUUUCAAUUCAAGCUCUCAUCGGGCUGCUUGUUUUUCAACAGAUGAGUGAAGUUUGCUGAACACUUACUCUUGAAUCUGGUGUCUCUUUACAAUGUGGAGAUUAAGUUUCAGCAAGAACUUCCUUGCCCAUCGCGAGGUAAACUUGUACGGUAGAGUUAGUAUCGUUUGCAAGUACUGGACGUGGAGCCUUUUGUUUUUUAAAGGAUAUGUAAAGGUAGUGGUUUUGGACUUUACCAUCUUUUCAAAGCAUUGAGCAGUAUUCUUCAUGUUGUGGAAGUAUGAGUCAUUUGGUAAAUAUCAAUGUGUGCCAAUCCCUUUUGCCUAAAAUGGGUAAAAGCAAGGCUUGGAUUAGAGUGGCCAUAUAAGUCAACAUCAUAUCAGGAAGUAUCAUUGAAACCUGUUUAGACUGGUUUGAAUGUUGACUUGAAACCCAGCUGUUCAGUCCAAUCUUUUACAUGUUUGAUAUAAUUGACAGUCCAGCAGUGAGUUUAAAGGCACAGUAGUUGAGCACGAUUCUCCUUAAUUAGACUCUUGCAACUAACUUCCACUGUGGUAACAUACUGCCUUUAAAUUUACUGUAGCAUUCUGCAGCAUUUACUCGAGUAAGCUGCUCACUGCUGUGAGUUGCCAAUUUGUAAUGGCCUGUUUCAGCUGUCUAAGGGGCAAAUAGAUCUGAGACAUCCCACAUGGAAACAGGCCCUGCAGUCCAUCCCGCCUAUACUGAUCAUCGUACUCGCCUAUACCACUCCCAUUUACCAGCACUUUGUCUGUAGACCAUGCUUUUGUGAUCAAGGGUUUGUUGAGAUGCUUUUAGAUAUUUUGAGAGGACACGUCUACAGGCUGUGUUUCCCACAGCCCAACCAUUUUUUGGAUGAGAAAACUCUUCUGUACAACACUAAUCUCAUGUACCUCAUCCCAAACCAAUGCCCUUCAACUCUGGUGACACUGCUAUCUGGAAAACAUUCUACCUCUAUCACGUCCUCCCUCAGCCAACUCUGAUUUUUACCUAAAUUUUGCCCGUUGUUAAAGUUGAGACCAAGAUUCACUCUGAGGAUGAAUGAAAGGUUAUUUGUAAUUCAGAUCAAAAUUGAUUAGGUAUUAAAUUGAAAUAUAAAUGGGUCUAUGUGUUUGAUAAACUGACUGGCUUUAUAGCCCACUGACAUGGAAGAAAAUAUCCUAGUUCCAAAAUGAUUGAAUACAUUGUAUAUUGUAGUUUUUGACAUCGCAAGGCUUUUGGUUACAUUGGUAAAAUCUAAAACUUGUUAGGCUCCACCAUUAACACAAUACUCAAAGUUCAUUGUGAGCCAUUAUUAACCUGCUUUACAUUCAGUAAUAAGUUGGUGUCUGACAGACAUUUUUUUUUAAUGGUUAAAAGCUGAUUAUAGACAGCAAUGUUUCCACGGAGAGGAACAAUAAUAGUAAGGGUCUAUUUCUAAAUCAUUGUCUAAAAUAUUUUUAUUUUGCUUCACUUGGGCUGUUUUGUGUGACCUUGUAUGUACGUGCGUACAUUGAGUCAUGAAGUAGAUGGAAUAAGGUUAACUAUGCAAUGCUGUGCACCACUGCAAGAAUCUCGGAACAUACGCAGGUGUCAAAUGUAUGACCAUUCUGCACAGAUAUGACGUGGCUUUCAGGAAAUCAUUAAAAGGCUUAACCUGAAGUCUUCUGAUACCUACUUUAUUUUCAUUCCUGUUAUUUUGUGAUCAAUUCCCAACAGAUGCCAUGUUUAUAUUCACAUUGGUAAAUGUUUACAUUUACAAUAACGGAAGAUUAACUAAACUAAAUUCAAGAAAAAUAUUAAAACAAAACCAUAGGAUAUUCCUUCAACAUUUUUUUGAUAUCUUGAAAGCACUUAGUUAAAAUGUAAUAUAUAGUUGUUAAAGAUGCAUACCUGUACAGCAAGCAAUAUUUUUUACAUUUGAUAUGAGAUGAUCAUUACUUGUAUAAGUAAUGUAAUGUCAUUUAUUAUUGAAGAAUUAUUUUGAAUACAUGUUUUUUUUUUCUUCUCAAAUAUCACCAACUACACUCAAACAUUUUUUCACCAAAGCAUUGAUUUAAAGAAACCUGUAAACUCGUGUGUGUGUGUGUGUGUGUGUGUGUGUGUGCAUACGUGCCUGGGUAUAUGUCCACGUUUGCAUAUCGAGCUCCAUGCCUUACUGCCAAAAUCUGUAGAGAUAACAUACAAUGGAACAGAUCACGUUUUUUUUAUGUUAAUUAAACUAGACUUGUAGUAACUUUGUAAUAAUUUUGUCUCAUGGAAAUGUCCUGUAACAGCCUAAUUUAUUUUACUUGUAAUAUUUGUCAUUGUUAUAUUUUAUUUAGUAUACCAUUUGAAACUUGGUAAUAAACCUUUGUCAUAAAAGAGAAGCAAGAUACAUUUAAUGCAAUAGUUAAGCUAUUUUUCCAUAAUUUAGGUUUUACUCAAAUAUCGUUUGUUUUCAGUCAUUAACAGUUCUGUGUUCUGAACUCUUGCCCAAGCAAUGUGUAACCACACAGAAACAGAGCACGUUGAUGCUUAUCCUGUGUGAAUAAUGUUUGCUAUCUCAUACCUCCACUAUAUUCCCAUAUUUCUUUAUUCUCUCCUUUAAUCGCCAAGUCAACCUAUUUCUAAACGUUGACCUGUGAGGUGAAUGUCAGAUGUCAUAUUUUAAUCUCUUAAUUUUGCUCAGCUAUAAAUUCCCAGCUCUCAGUAAACCUGUUUUCAGCUAACAAUGCAUCCCAAGUUUGAACAUUUCACUUGUGUCAGCAUCAACAUACAUUGAAGAGUAAACUAUAAGAAUCUAAAAAUGUCAUUGGUAAAAAUUGGUUAAUAUUUAUUGUACUUUUUGAACAAGGAUUGUCGAUUUUUAAUUCUGUUUACUCUGUCAAUUGGAAAUUUUCUACAAUUAAAUACUUUAUUUUUACUGCUUGGUUUGGGAUGCUUCCUGCACCGCCAAAACGUCAGCCAUUCCUUCUCUCCAGAGAUGCUGCCUGUCCCGCUGUUACUCCAGCACUUUGUGUCUAUCACGGGAUAUAGGAGCAUUGUAAGCUGAAGCAGUUUGCAAAUGCAAAUCAGGGUCAUGGUCAAUGUGACCCAAAGUCUUUGAGUUUGAGGCAUGAAGCACAAAAUAUCAAUAGUAGUAUGCAGAUGUUUUGUUUCCACAUGUGCACCAAAGCAUACAUUAUAAAAAUAAUACCAAAGAACAUUUUGAAUAGCUUGCAGAUACUUUAAAGAUUAAAUUUAUUCUGUGCGAUGUCUGAGCCUUCCAGGCAUCUGCUGACACCUGAGGCCAGGGCAGGGAUUGUGGUGCUGUUAAAAUAUCUGAUAUUAUCAGCCAGUUUAGUUAAAAGCCUUCAAAGGACAGUCUUCAAAUCAAUUAAGAGACCACCCCCCAAAUUCCCUCUCCUGCGACCAGUUUCAGCCAGGAGUCGUACGUAACCCACCUGUACAGUACGCUUACCACUGCUGUGGCGUUAGUACCCACCUGUCUACCUGCAGACAGUGCCAGCUGUUCACCCACUACAUGCACAUCCCCCACCUUAGUACUGGGCAGUCUCAAGCAGCACUCAGCCACAACCUUGCCUUCACCGAGGAGACGUUCAUAACUGCAGCGGCAUAGCAUAGCGGUAGAGUUGUUGCCUUACAGGGCCAGAGACCAGGGUUCGAUCCUGACUACGGGUGUUGCCUGUAUGGAGUUUCUAUGUUCCCACACUCUAAAGACGUACAGGUUUGUAGGUAAAUUAGCUUCAGUAAAAUUAUAAAUUGUCCAUAGUGUGUAGGAUGAAUGAUCAAUGGUUGGCAUGGACUCGGUGGGCCGAAGGGCCUGUUUACGCACUGUAUUUCUGAAGACUAAAGUUUAAACUGAGGCAGCUGUGAUAGGAAAUCCAUUGAGGGUGACAACUACCUAAUAAAAAAUCCUCCUCUUUGCAUUUAGUUAUCCCUCGCCUCUAUUAAUGGCCAAGUUGCAGUUGGUGCAUUAGUGUAUCUCUCACUGUGUCCCUUCUCAU